AUGGUUGGUCCCAGGGCGCCUCUGGGCAAACUGGCCGACCAUCUCAAGGGCAUACUCAGUAGCCAGCCUACAGAGACCACGGCACCGAAGAUGUCCUUGAGCGACCUGAAGAACGGAAGCAAGAGCGCAGCUUUCGAUGACAGCGAUGACGAGUCAAGCGACAGCGACAGCGGCUCGUCUGGCAGCGACUCGGACGAUGACAACAAAUCGUCCUUUUUGCGCAAGAUCUCGCAUACGAACGCAGCAGCGGCCUCUCCCGUGCCGACCAAGUCUCCGACCAAGCCCAAUGGCACCUCCGUCCGCACACCUACGCUCGCAUCAAAGCCGGCCGCGAAGACGAACGGCACAGCCAUGAAGAAGACUGCUGUGAAAGACGAGAGCAGCGGCAGCGAUGAAGACAGCGAAGAAAGCAGCAGCGACGACAGCGAUGACGACAGCGAAAGCAGCAGCGACGGGAGCGAAUCCGACUCGGAAAGCGAUGAGGAGGACGAGGGCGAGGCGCCAAAGACGAAGGCUGGCAAGACAGCAAACACAAAGACAACUAGCAAGCCUGUAACAACUGCACCGUCUACAUCAACAUCCUCUUCGGCUGCGACCAGCUCGUCGAGUUCGCGGUCAGCCAGCGUUGAAAACUCCGAGUCCAAGGGUGGAGAAGAGGAGGACGAGUCGGAGAACGAGGCCCCUGUAGCCGAUGGUGCCGUUUCGGACGAGGAGAUGGCUGAUCAGUCUUUUGCCAUUGAUACCCGGAAGAACAGCGACAACCAAGUGGGAAGCAACCCUCGCCAAUUUGUAACCCAAGGCUUCGAACUGCGGCGCGCCGAUGAGUCGAACGACGCUUCCGAUGUCGCUCGUGUGUUCCGCCAGGCGAAGCUCGAGGGAAAGCAGCUCUGGUACUUCACGGCCCCGUCCUCGGUGCCUAUUACUGUUGUCGAGAAGAUGGCGAUUCCUGUUGAAAAGGCCCAGCAGGGCAAGGCGAUUUUGAACCACAACGGCGAGGACUACGGUAUGAGCUUCGACGAUGCUCUUACUUCAAAGACGAUCAAGCUGUUGAUCCCCAACAAGGCUGGCGAUAAGUACUCUAUCCUGGACCGGACCAUCGACAAGACUAUGCAUCUGAAGCGUGUAACCCGGUUUUCGCAGGGAGAUGAGGAGGUGGCUGCCAACGCCGCUAUGGAACUGCAGGCGCCCGUGGCGUCCAAGAAGCAACCUCGGAAGCAGCCCGAGGGCCUGCGUGCGCGGUACUUGCCGAUUGGUGUCAACGACACUGUGAACUCGUCUAAGAAGCGAAAGCACGAGGGCAUGACGGCCGUGGCGGCCCCUGCGGCUGCUACAGUCGACAGCGGCGACGAUAGCGAUGGCGGCGCUGCGGUCAAGAUCAGCAAGAACAGGGGCAAGGACGCCGAGGGAGCAGCCGAGCCCAGUCCGAAGAAGGCGCGGAAGGACAAGUCUGCAGAAAAGGAGACCGAAACGUUGUCCAAGAAGGACAAGAAGUCAGCGAGUGCUGUGCCGCUGCCGCCAAUCCCUGGCCUCGCGGCGGUCCCUGUGCACAAGGUGACCCCGGUGGCACCGCCUGUUCUGCCGUCGUCGUCGCAGCCAUCCUACUCGCAUAUCGACACUCCGUCCAAGAUUACUGUCGACAACAAGAUUGUGAGCAAGAAGAACAAGGACAAGAAACGUGCCGUGGCUGACGUUGACGCCGAUGCCAUGGACAUUGACGACGAUGAGGAUGCCGCUCCUGCUGAAAGCAGUCCUGAGAAGAAGAAGAAGAAGGACAAGAAGGACAAGAGCGAGAAGAGCGAAAAGAAGGAAAGGAAGGGGAAAAAGGAACAGAAAGAAAAGGACAAAAAGGACAAAAAGGAGCGCAAGGCCAGCAAGGCUGGGGAUGACAGCGUAUCCACUCCAGCUGCCGGCCUGACCACCUCUGCUCCGCAGCCCAAGAAGGUGACGCCGGUGCCGCUUCCUCGGAUAAACUAG